GAUGCCUCUAAAGAUAAAGCUCCUCCUCCAAAGAUAGGAGUAACUCCGGAUAGCCCAAGCCAGCCUUCACCUCCUGGAGCAAUAGCUGGCUCUCCUAGACCCCCUGCACCCCCUGCAUCAGGAAUUCCACCUGUGGGCUUGCCUAGAGGACCUCCUCAAGUACCUCCUCCACCGGGACAAUUAGGAAGCCCUAGACCAGGUCCACCUGGAGUUUCACCCGGCCUUCUAGAAGGUCCUAGACCAGGUCCACCUGGAGUUCCGCCUCCUCCGAGAACUGUAGGAAGUCCUAGACCGAGUCCACCUGGAGUUCCCUCUCCUCCGAGAACUUUGGAAGGUCCUAGACCAGGUCUACCUGGAGCACCCCCGCCUGGGCCUCCGGGUGCCGUAGGAAGUCCCAGACCUGGUCCACCUGGAGCCCCACCAAGACCUCCAGGACCUGGAAUACCAGGACCACCCGGUAUGCCGCCUGGUGCUCGACCAGGCCCACCUGGAGGCCCUCCUGGCCCGCCAGGCCCUCCUGGCCCUCCUGGAGCAAGAAUGCCACCACCUGGAAUGCCCCCUGGUUCUCCUGGAAUGCCUCCUGGCCCACCUGGAGCGAGACCUCCUGGCCAACCUGGAAUGCCUCCUGGCCCACCUGGAGCAAGACCUCCUGGCCCACCUGGAAUGCCUCCUGGCCCUCCUGGAGCAAGACCUCCUGGCCCACCUGGAAUGCCUACUGGCCCUCCUGGAGCAAGACCUCCUGGCCCACCUGGAGCCCCUGGAGCCGCGCCAGGACCUCCACGAGCCCCACCUUUACCAGGGGCUGGUCCUCCCGGACCACCUGGUGCACCACCAUUAGCUAGACCUCCUGGCCCGCCUGGAGUGCCUCCCGGGGCGAGACCUCCAGGUCCGGCUGGACCACCGGGCGCCCCUGCACGCCCAGGGGGCCCCCCUAUGCCUGGAGGAGCCCCGCCUGGAGGAGCUCCGCCUGGAGGAGCCCCGCCUGGAGUGAGACCGCAGCCACCUCCAGGAAUGGUUAGAGGUCCACCACCCCCACCUAUCAGGCCUUAAAGCGAUUAUC